AUGGCUCCCAGAGUAAUUGUCGUCGGUGGCGGUCUUUCUGGCCUGAGCGCUGCUCACACCAUCUACCUCGCUGGUGGCAACGUCGUCGUCCUCGACAAGCAGGGUUUCUUCGGUGGUAACUCGACCAAGGCCACCUCCGGUAUCAACGGUGCCCUGACCCGCACCCAGGUUGAGCACGGAGUCCAGGACAGCGUCAAGCAGUUCUACGACGAUACCCUCAAGUCGGCCCGUGACAAGGCUCGCCCUGAUCUCAUCAAGGUUCUUACCUACAAGUCCGCUGCCGCUGUCGAGUGGCUGCAGGACGUUUUCAACCUCGACCUCACCCUCGUCUCCCGUCUCGGUGGUCACUCCCAGCCCCGAACCCACCGUGGUCACGAUGCCAAGUUCCCCGGUAUGGCCAUCACCUACGCCCUGAUGCAGCGCCUUGAGGAGCUUGCCGAGACCGAGCCCCACCGCGUCCAGAUCAUCAAGAAGGCCCGCGUCACCGGCCUCAACAAGGAGGGCAACUCCGUCCUCGGUGUUUCAUACGAGUUCGAUGGCCAGACUCAGACUCUCGAGGGUCCCGUCAUCCUCGCCACCGGUGGUUACGCCGCUGACUUCGGUGAGGGCUCGCUCCUCAAGAAGCACCGUCCCGACACCUAUGGCCUUGCUACCACCAACGGUACCCACGCCACUGGUGAUGGCCAGAAGAUGGUCAUGGAUAUUGGUGGUAACGCCAUUGACAUGGAUAAGGUCCAGGUCCACCCCACUGGUCUCGUCGACCCCAAGGACCCCGGCUCCAAGUGGAAGUUCCUCGCUGCCGAGGCUCUCCGUGGUGAGGGUGGUCUCCUCCUCAACGCCGAUGGUGACCGCUUCUGCGACGAGCUCGGCCACCGUGAUUACGUCUCUGGCAUGAUGUGGAAGGAGAAGGACAAGGGCAAGUUCCCCAUCCGUCUCGUCCUCAACUCCAAGGCCUCCACCGUCCUCGACUUCCACACCCGCCACUACUCCGGCCGUGGUCUCAUGAAGAAGAUGUCUGGAGAGGAGCUCGCCAAGGAGAUUGGCUGCACUCCUGACCACCUCCAGAGCACCUUCAAGACCUACAAUGCCAUUGCCGAGGGCAAGCAGAAGGACCCCUGGGGCAAGAAGUUCUUCCACAACAUGCCCCUCGACAUCAACGACACCUUCCACGUCGCUCUCAUGGAGCCCGUCCUCCACUUCACCAUGGGUGGUAUUGAGAUCAACGACAAGGCUCAGGUCCUCAACCAGGACAAGAAGCCCUUCGACGGCCUCUUCGCCUGCGGUGAGCUGGCUGGUGGUGUCCACGGUGCUAACCGUCUUGGUGGCUCUUCUCUCCUCGGCUGUGUCGUCUACGGCCGUGUUGCUGGUGACACCGCGAGCAACUACCUCUUCCAGAAGGCCCUCAGCGGUGCCGGCUCCGGCGCUGCCCGUAUCGGCCAGAUCUCUCUGCACCUCGACCCCUCCGCCCCCGGCAGACUGACCGUCCAGUGGGCCAACGGCGGUGCCGCCGCCCCCGCUCAGAUUGCUGACGCGUCUGCCGCUGCCGCUGCUCCCGCUGCUGCUGCCGCUCCCGCCGGCGCCGCCCCCGCCAGUGCCACCAAGGCCGAGGCCAAGCCCUUCUCCAUCCCCGAGAAGGAGUACAGUAUGGAGGAGGUCGCCAAGCAUAACACCAAGGAUGACCUGUGGGUGGUUGUCAAGGGUGUCGUCAUGGACCUCUCCAACUGGCUCGACGACCACCCCGGCGGUCCUCAGGCCAUCAUGAACUUCAUGGGCCGCGACGCCACCGAGGAGUUCGAGAUGCUGCACGACGACGAGGUCAUCCCGAAGUACGCCCCCAACCAGGUCAUUGGCCGCGUCAAGGGCCAGGAGCCCAGCCUUGAGCUGUAA